UGUCGGUCUGAUUUCACCAUGACUCCUAAUAUGUAUUGAUGGACAUGGACGCGAGGGGACGUAUGUUGAAGUUCUUAGGCCAGCGGCGACAUGGUCCUGCGCGGUGGUCGUCGCAUCUGCGCCCACCUGUAGUGGAAACACUUGUGGUCUCGUAAUUUUGCAAUGGAGUCGUGUUUCCUGCCAGCAGUGGGUGCAUUCUCCUCUAACGAGUCCUGAUCGCUCACGGAGGACAGCAAUAGUGAAGCUUGAGUGCAGUUGGAACUGCAGUUCGAGUGCACUACCGGCCCGCUUGUCCGGAUCUUCUUCCGAACAAUUGUCGCCGCCGCAUAGUGAAACGUGGAAUGGAGACGUGUGUGGGCGUGUUCUUUUUGGGGAGGAUACAGUUGUGAGGUUUUCUGUUGUCAGCCCAAGCGUGAGCUCUUCAGGUGCGAAACGUGGAAUGGAGUUGGGUUCCGUGCUCAUUAGUAACCUAACCUCCAAGCGUGGGCUUGGCGCCAUUAGUUGCCUUGAAGUUCACAACUCAUUGUGGAGGAUAGAAGCGUUAAGUGACAGCAGGUGGCGGCGGUUUCGAUUGUGGUUUGUGCAUUCUGAUACCCGAUUGAGUCGAUUGAUCAGAAGGUUACCCUUCCAGUCCAUCAACGCGUCGAAGUCCAUCAACGCGUCAAACCCAUCAUCGCAUCUAACCGCUCAAGGCGUCUAAGUGCAUCAAGGGGUUUGCGGGCUUUCAUGUGUCGUCCGGAAACACGAACAAGAAGGAAAUCAACGGACUCCGCUCUACCCACACGUCAUCAGCGUAGAACAUGGCGAGUCCAAUGUACCCCGCCGAAGACCUGUUGACCUGCUGCUCUCUCAUGGUUGUCUCGAUGCUUGUCGCUUACGGCACCAAAAAAUAUCAUUUCUCGUACCUUCCUGAAGCAGCCGCUGCCAUGCUCCUGGGCAUGCUUGUGGGUGGCAUGCAUUCUCUCAUUGGGAAAGGAAAAGGGUUGCGCUUCAAUCCGGAAGCAUUCUUCUAUGGACUGCUCCCCCUCAUCAUCUUCAAUGCCGGAUACAGCCUCAAGAAGAAGGAUUUUUUCCGAAACUUCAUUACCAUCAUCCUGUUUGCAGUUGCGGGAACUGUGGUAUCUGCUCUUGUAUUCGGGCUGUUGAUCUAUGCGCUCUAUGAGAUUGGCUUUGUGAGCCAUAUGGAUAAAAAUUCACCUCUUCUGGAGGCCAUGAUGUUUGGCUCAUUGAUUUCUGCAAUUGACCCAGUGGCAACCCUUUCAAUUUUCCAAGAUGUGUCGGCUCCGAGUUUGCUGUACAACAUCGUAUUUGGAGAGAGCGUUCUGAAUGAUGCGAGUGCCAUUGUCUUGUUCCGCACAUUUGAAUCAUUCAUGAAUGAUCAGUUCUCAAUUGCAACCAUCGGAGUCGCUUUGGUCUGGUUCUGUGUCAACACCGUAGGAUCAAUCUUGAUUGGCUUUACAGUGUCGCUGGCAUGUGCAUACAUCCUCCAGAACAUCGAUCAGGAGAAUGAGUACUCCAAGUUUGAGUUGGGGUUUAUCCUCCUCUCGGCGUACUUCGCAUAUCUGCUUGCGGAAAUUCUCUCAUUGUCAGGUAUCAUGGCACUCUUCUUCUGCGGCAUCUGCAAUGCCCACUAUGGUUAUUACAAUAUCUCGCAAGUGUCCAAGACUACGACGAGGUUCGCAUUCGAGGCUCUUGCCUUUCUGGCAGAGAUCUUCCUGUUCGCAUACCUUGGGAUGCAAGUCGUGGUGUUGCGGCAUGUAGUUGACAAGGGGUUAAUGAUAGCGGCAAUUCCUUUGUGUCUCCUUUCGAGGGCAGUGAAUAUCUUCCCUCUUGCUUACAUUGCAAACAAAGGAAGAGUUCGACCAAUCACAAUGGAGAUGAAGCUGAUGAUGUGGCUUUGUGGCCUCAGGGGAGCAGUUUCUUAUGCGUUGGCCGUCAACAUGCCAACAGACAAUCGUGCAAUUGAGACCACGACGCUGUUCAUUGUUGUGUUUACGACUCUUGUUUUUGGCUGUGCGACUGCACCUACAAUGCGUUAUCUGCAUCUUGUUCCAAGCACGUCUGCAACGGCAGGCUUUACCAGCUUGGAUGCUUUGCUGGACAGGGGAGCUGGAGACUGGGGGUUGAGUGGUCCGAAUGACGACUCCGGAUGGGGUCCGCCUUCAGGCCCGCAUAGGCUGUUCAAGUGGAUGGAUGACAAUUAUCUGAAGCCUGUCUUUGGAGGCCGCAGAGACAGGGAAGAUCAAAUCCCUUUUAUACGGGAUGCGCAACGUUCCAGUAGUGUAGAAAGCCUGGGCAUCGGGGCAGAGAAUGGAGAGGGAGGUCUUGUGCUCGGCGAUAAUGCCAAUGGGCUGAGUGACGAUGAGGAAUUCAGAAGAUCGCCAGAGCUUAGAAGUUAUGAACUUCUAAAUGCCGCGGAUGAUAUGGUGGUCAGGCAAGGGGGACCUGUAAGAUGACUCUAGUCUUUAGAUUCCUGUUCCCCUCCUUGGCCCCCCUGCCCCCUCCUCCUUUUGGGUCUACACAUUGUAGUUGUUGGUAAGUUGCUAAGUUUGUGUUUUUUAGUUGUAUCCGGAUAUCCCUUUGCACAGCAGCUGCUUGCCCUUGUUUCCUCUUCUCUACCAUUGAUGCCUCCAUGAUGUUAUGUCAAUUCUUUUGCGUCAGAUUUUUCAAUGUAUGCCUGCUUGUUUUAUUUAUUGCCAAUCCUCGAUCCUGAAUACAAGUUCUGUGAGAGUAACGACAAUGUCUGAGCAUUGGUAGACUCUUUCGCGUAAAGGAUGUGCACCAUGUUCCGAAUGAUUGCAGUACAUGUCAGCUUUCUUCUCGCUUGGUGAGUGCAUAAUCAUCGAUGCUAUGGGUUUCUUCUGUUUUGUCUUUCCUUUGUGUAUGUGCAUGUGUAUGUGGAAUGUGUAUCUGUAUGUGUAUGUGUGUAUAUGUGUGUAUAUGUGUAUGUGUGUAUGUGUGUAUAUGUGUAUGUGUGUAUAUGUGUAUGUAUGUGUGUGUAUGUGUGUGUGUGUCUGCAUCUCGCUACAUGGCCCCUCUUUGCAGAAGGAUGGACGGAUGGAUGCUAGAUGGUAGAUACCUGACAUUCAGUUCUCCAUUUUCGCUUAGACGAUUUGCUGCUGAAUUUUGCAGCAUAUUUGUCAUCAAUUUUCCAGCGUGCUGCUUGAGGAAGCAUGAGCUGGCUUGUUCACUGGAGCCAAUGUUGGAUGAAUGAAUCGAGUCCUGAAUG